UGUCACUUGUUCAUAUGUCCAUUGUCCAUGUCCAUGUGGGUUUCGCCACAAUUUUUUGGUUUAUUUUAUAUUCAGAGUGCUAUAAUUUAAAUUGAAGAACUAUGUAUUAAAAUGAAAGACGAAACAGUUAUUGAAAAACCUCGUAAGGAGGUUACUACUUCGCUAUUAGAAGCUUUUGAUUCAUUGAAAUCAGAUAAACACGAUGUGAAAAUUACUGGAGGAGCAAGAAUAAUUUCGCGGUUACAAUCAAAUGAGAAUGACAAGGAUUUACAGUAUUCCUUGAAAAGGAUAAUAAGAAGUCUGGGUGCUAAUACCCCAGAAACUCGAACUGGCUACUUUGCCACACUUGUGAGCCUGUUGACGAAAUUUCCAGAAAUAACUGUGUCCCAAUUGCUGGAGUUGAUAAAAAAAGAAUUACAUGCCAGUGGCUCAUCUAAGAGUGAAGUAGGUGAUGUCUCUCUUGGACAAAUUUUGGUGUGCGGGGCAAUAUUCCGAUCCGGAUUGAUGCUUAAAUGUACAGAAGAAGAACAAAAGCAGACUAUACAAAUGUUAAUAGCUGCAAGCACCAAGAAAUCAUACUUGGGUACAGUAGCAUCUCUGAUUCUCUUGGAUUUUGUUAAAGAGAUAGAUGAAGAUAAAUUUUCCAACAUUGUUUGGUCAAACAUAAAAGCAAAUUAUAAAAAAGCAAUCAAAGAACACACUUUGGAUUCAUUACACUUUCUCUUGGUUGUAAGUUCGAAAUUUCCAAAUAAAGUUAAAGUAAGGAAGUUAUUUGGAGUUCCAGAAAUAUUACAUGAAGAUCACAUAGCGGAUAUUAGUGAAAAGCUUUUGGAGGGAAUAGACUACAAUUCUGUUAAUCAUCCAAUUUAUCAAGAAAUUGGCAAACAGAUAGCUAAAACACCACACCUUUUAACAUUUUGGAAUAAAAUUGAUAGUCAGCUUGUAAAACAUAAUCGGAACAGGGAACUUGUUGCCAUUAAUAUACUGAACAAUGUAUUACAAAAUUUAGAAGACAAUGUAGAAGUUAUACCAGAUUUGAUAAGUAAUAAAUUCUUUAAAUUAUUCUUGGAUUGGUUCAAAGGACUACAGACAGCUAGCAAAAUAAGGAAUAAAAAAGAUGAUGAAGAUGACCACAGAAUAAUGAUCAAGAAAGAAAAAGAAUUACUCAAUUCUCUCAUUAAGGCAUUAAAAUCAAAAUCUGUAACAAGUUCUUUAAGAGUUGAAAUACUAAAGAAGCUUUUGUUUAAUCCUGGUGAGAUUAAUUUAACAGAAAUAACAGGAACCAACAUUGUUAAGCUAAUAUUCACUGAUUUAGAUACAGAUGGCGUAAAGAAAAUGGCAAAAUUGUUUAAAAAAGUUCUUCUCAAUACAUCAAAGAAGUUUGUAAAGGAAGGUGUUGAAAGGAAUUGGUAUAAUAAUGAAAGAGUUAAGGCUGCUGAGAUGAUAUCUUAUCUAGUCAGCCAUGAAGCUGUUAAAGAUGACACUGAAUUUAAAAUUUCAUAUAUGCAAAUAUUGAUGUGUUUUGGAUUCUUUAAAAUCAGUGGAGAUGAUAAUGUUGCAGUAGGCAGUGAUUUAGCAGGGUCAAUUAAAACAUGCUUUUACCGAUGUUUUACGUCAAGAUUCACUAAUGUCGACAAUCUCGUAAUGGUACUGACAUCAUUAUGUCAUUUCAUAACUAAAAUUAUGGAAAAAGAUCAGGUUCGUGAGAAACUUGAAAAACAGUUUACUAAAGAAAACAUGGGCUGUUGGGAAAUGCUCAUGGAAACUUGUGAGAAAAUUGAAAAAAUUGAAUCAAAAUCUAAAGUUGAUAAAGUUUUCCUCAUCUUGCUUUAUCAACUUGGUUUGUUCUUAUUCUCAGAGCCUACCCACGUAAAAGUGGCUCGCAGCUCUAUUAAAGAAUUGAGAGAUUGUUUCAACCAUUACACAAUGGGUAAAGUUAAUGAAUCUAAGAAAGUAAAUGGUGAUUUGGAAGAUUCUGAACCAGAAUGGGUUGAAGUAAUGGUAGAAAUCUUGUUAUCAAUUCUGUCUAUUGAAUCAAGUGUGCUACGAUCAGUAGUACAAUGUGUUUUUCGUCUUUUAUGGGAAUAUCUAACACCAUCAUCAAUAGGUCAAAUUGUCUCUGUAUUAGACCCUGACAGUGCUGAAAAUCCACUAACACAAGACAGCGAUUCUGAGGAUGAAAAGGAUGAAGAUGAGAAAAGUGAGGUUGAAAAUAUGGAAACAGAUGAAGUGAAAGAAAAUGGAGAUAACAAUAGUGAUAGUGAAGGCAGUGAUGACAGUGAAGAUGACGACGACAAUGAUGAAGGUGACGAUGAUGACGAAAAUGAUUUGAAAAAUCCUGAUCAACUUAGAAUUGCAGUGCAAAAAGCACUCGGAACUGCCGCAGCAGCAGAUGAUGAUGCAGAAAGUAUCAAUGCAGAUGAUAUUGAUGAAGAAGAAGGUAAAAAGCUAGAUGAAGCAUUGGCAGAAGCAUUUAAACAAUUCCAUCAGGGGAAAAACAAGAAAACGAAAAAAGAACGUAAAAAUAAGAAAUCUUUAUCUGAUUUCAGAAUCAGGGUACUAGAUUUGAUUGAUAUUUAUCUAGAAAAAGAUCCUUCAAUGGAUAUAUGCUUAAGUAUGAUAGCCCCUCUUACCAGAUGUCUUGAAUUUUGUAUGCAAGAUAAUCAAUUUAGUGAACUUGAAAAUAGAUUAAGAAAAACCAUCAAAACACUUUCGAAGGUUAGGAAGUUCGCAUCAGUUGAGGACAUAACAUUAGACAUUUUAUGUGACUAUUUCAAAGCAACAAUUGACAAAGGUGCAAGGUCGCAUUUUCUGUAUCAAGCACUUGGUGACGUUAUCACCAAUUUUGCAACCUUUAUCGUGCAUUGUUCUCAAAAAAUUGGCAGCCCUAAUAAAAAAUCACUUAAAAAAAUAAAACCUUGCCCACUUACAGGAAUUCUUAAAGAGACCGUAAAUAGUUUCUUUACUAAUCGUAGCUGUAUGUUGCCUAUCAUAUUUUUCCAUAGCAUAUUACAGACAGACUGGAAAGGUAUUUACGAGAUAGUACCAGUUAUAACAAAGAAUGUAUUUGAUAAAAAUGUGAGACAAUUCCGCAGAAAUGAGGGCCUUGAAUUGUUAAUAGGGUUUUAUAGAUCAUUGAACAGAAAUAAACCUUCAGUUAAUGAAGUUAGCGGUAAAAUUAUGGACAUAGAAAAGGAUUUUGAGAAUCAAUUAAUGGCAAUUAAGGAUGACAGUGAAUAUAUUGUAAAAAAUAAUUUUAUUACAUUAUUGAAAAAAUUAAUCAAUGUCAUAAAAUCUGUACAUGAGAGUUGUCACAUUGAAUCAAAGUUGGACUUCCAGAGUUUACAAAGCAUCGUGUCUGGAAUAAAGUGUGCGGCAAAAUCAAAUGAAAACAAUGUACAAAAUCAACAAAGCGGUAAGAAGAUUCAGAAGAAGAAAAAGAAAAAACGUAAGAACUCGCAAAGUAAUGGCGACAUUGAACCAGAAAUGAAGAAAUCAAAAAAGAAAGUACAGAAUGCAACACCUGAAUUGUAAUUUUCUUUGAUUAUGAAAUACAAAGUAAUAUUUUUACAAAAAA